AUGCGAUGUGGGAUCGUAUCGAGAAGAAGUUCCUCACGGCGAUGAAGAAGGACGGCUCCUACCGAACCCGUGACCAACUCACUUCCAAAUGGGGCCACAUCAACAAAAAAGUCCGAAAGUUUAUGGGAGUAUACGAGGAAUGCUCCUGGUCCCGGAGGAGCGGCACGAACGACGCCGAUGUUCUCCGGCUUGCCACGACCCGGUAUCAAGACGACGGGAACCAAGGCAAGGUGCCCAUCGAUCUUUGGAGGAUUUUGAGUCGUUCCCCGAAGUGGCAACAACUCAACAAUCCCGACGGCGGAUCGUUCCGGAAAAGAUCCACCGUCGACGCCGAGGUUGAGGUCGACGAGACCAUUGGUUCUACCGAUCAAAUCCCUNAUGUUCUCCGGCUUGCCACGACCCGGUAUCAAGACGACGGGAACCAAGGCAAGGUGCCCAUCGAUCUUUGGAGGAUUUUGAGUCGUUCCCCGAAGUGGCAACAACUCAACAAUCCCGACGGCGGAUCGUUCCGGAAAAGAUCCACCGUCGACGCCGAGGUUGAGGUCGACGAGACCAUUGGUUCUACCGAUCAAAUCCCUUCCUUCAACGUUGCGGCUUCCGAUGACGAGAACCCCAUUCCACGGCCGAUCGGAAGAAAGAAGGCAAAAUCCAUUGCCUCUGGUUCGGGAGGGUCCGCCUCUAUUUUCGCUUCUCCCCGUGACGAAAUCGGCCUGGCAAUGGUUGAACAACUUCGGGCGUUCAAUCUCCAAGAACAGGAGAGGUUGAAGCUUAAAGAGAAGGAGUUGAAGCUAAAGGAGCAGGAGGCCGAGAUGAAAGUCAUGCAAACCGACCCCGGGACGUUGUCGGAGUUUGGACGAAUUAUCUACGAGUAAAGAGUGAGAGGGAUCAAGGAGAAAUAUAAUUUACCUUAGUUU